AGUCAUGCGCGUACACGUGGGAGUGCGUGUGCGCGCGCAGAGGGGCGGAGCCCCGGAGGUGCGUGCGUGAUGAUAUCUGCCUGCUGGGGAUCUUCAUCUUCUUUUCCCGCCGACACCAAAGCAAGACGCGGCGCGGAUGUCUUCACCCGCCAUGGAAGUUCAGUAGGAGGCGAAGCUUCUUCCCCUCAUGUUGUCCUCGGGAGACCCGCCGGACUUUCCUCGACGUGACCCAGCACCGAAUGACCAACGCUGGCUGCUUGGGAACCAUGAAAAGGUGCUGGUGGGAGCCGCUCCUCCUCCUCCUCCUCGGCUUGCUUGUGGCUCUGCCGGGGCCCCUCGGGGCUGGGACCCCCACAAACAGCAGCCCGGAUGCGGGCACGACCGCGUUUCGCCCUCCGAACACCUCCGACCAAGUGAACACGGAGUACGAGUUGACUUCCGCUUUUCCUUCCACGGAGAGUUUUCCUCCAUCCCAGCGGGACCUGCCGCUCACUCUCUCCCCGGAUACUGAGCAACCACAAACCCGGAGAGAAACCAGCACCAGGUCCCAGGAGACCAUCGGUGCGUCCACUGAGAUGUUUACGUCCUCCACAGACGGUCACUCCUCCGAAACCAGCAGCAGCAGCAGUAGCGACUGGAGGGACUCCCCGCAAACACCACAUCUUCCUGACGUGUCACUCGGUAUCUCUGAUCGAGCACUGUCUCCUCGGACGGUGACAGAGGAGCUGCCGCGGGACAGCCCGCGCUCCAGUGUGCGCACGGGGGAGCCCGCGUCGUCCCCGUCGCAGACACAGGCCCUCACGGGCCGCAUCUUCAACGCCACCGCCGUCAGUCGGGCUGGCGAGAGGACGCUGCUGUCCGUCACCUCGUCUUCCUCCAGCAAUAGCUCGGCGGUCACACAGGACUUCAGCUCCCAUCAGCCCCGCUCCACCUGGAGCGUCGCAUCCACCGUGGAGACCGAGGACUACACCCACAGCGCCCCGUCCACCAGGAGUGAAGAAACCAGGAGCCGCUCUUUAACUGCGUCUUCUUCUUCAGAGCCUGACAGCCCAGAGACCCCCGCAGGGACCCAAACUCUUGUUGGACCUCUAAAUGCCACCCAGCAUCAAUACAUCCCAACAUCAGAGGAACCUUCACAGUCAACACGCGGGCUCUCCAGCACAGACCCCAUCCAUGAGUCCACCUCAUCCACGCCUCCUGCUGGACUCCCCACGCUUACAUCAUACCCAUAUUCCACCGUCCAGCCCUCCACGGAAUCUUCCACCGGAACGGGCAGCUUCAGCACUCGGAGGCACGAGGGCACCGAGAGUUCACCCGAGAGCAGAGAGGAAAGUGUGAGCUUUAUUGUCACCACAGCGCCCCCUCUGGUCAGCAGUACAACUAACCAGUAUGACUCUCAGAGGGAAACAACUGCAGUCUUCAUCGCCACGACAACAGUCACAGGAACUGACAGAUCCGAGGUAACAGAAGAGGAGACGGACGUGAAUCGUAAAUCGACCGCGUUCACCAGCGUCCCUCCGCUCCUCGCCACCUCCUCUUCCACGCUGGGCUUCACGCCGCAGCCUUCCACCCAGGCCACCAUCUCCUCCACCACCGGCGCCCCGACUCCGCCCCAGCAGAUGUCCGCGGCACCCCCGGCUCUCGGCCGAGUUCCCACGGCAUCGGCCAAGACGACCCGGCCCGCCGACGUCACCGCCUGGCAGCGGGAAACCAGCGCGGGCGCCACCACGCCGCAAGGUCCACACUCCGCUGCCACGCACACCCGCACCAACCCUACGGAGCGCACAGAGGCUCCGCCCACCACACGCGUGCCCACAGACAGGGUGACCACAGAGGAGGUGGAAGCGUCAUCUCCCACUCAUGUUCAGCCCACCAAGGCAGCUCCACCAAGAGACCCUUGUGUGUCCAACCCGUGUCUGAAUGGGGGGAUGUGCGUGAGCUACGAGCACCGGCGGUUCAGGUGCGGCUGUCCGCAGGCCUGGACGGGGCCCACCUGCAACCAAGACAUGGAUGAGUGUGAGAAGGACCCCUGCCCUGUGGGCUCCACGUGCGUGAACACCAGGGGCUCCUUCAGCUGCGAAUGUCCGCUCGGCUUCCACCUGGAGGACGGACGCACUUGCACCAGAGCAAAAACGUUCCUGGGAACAUUCAGCCUAAAUAAAGUGUCCCACGACAACCGAGUCUUCAAGAGCGCCACCGUGCACGAGAUCCAGAGAGAGCUUCUUCAGCUGCUCAACGCCUCCUUGUCCAUCCUCCGAGGUUACAGCCGCUCCACUCUCAGCAAGAAAUAUAACACCCCCUCCAGAGAAGUGGACGGUAUUCGUAUCUCCGCUGUCAACAUGUUCUCUGUCUCCACUGACGUGACCAGCGCUGACGUCUACAACAGCAUUCAGAUGUCUCUAAAAAACUGCACUUCCUGGCAGUCCCACUGCCGAGUGGUUCUGCACCACACACUCACCUACCAGGUGGAGAGUCUUUGUCUGGCCCAGAAUAUUCCGUGCGAUAGCGAACGUUCCGCCUGCUCUGACGUCAGCGGCAGCGCCCAGUGCCAGUGUCUGCAGGGAUACUACAAACACGACCCCGACGACCUGUCCUGCUUAGAAUGUGGCGAUGGCUACCGGCUGGAAAAUAACACCUGUGUCCCGUGCAUCUUUGGCUUCGGAGGAUUCAACUGUGGGAAUUUCUACAAGCUGAUUGCUGUUGUUGUAUCGCCUGCAGGGGGCGCCCUGCUCCUUAUCCUCGUCAUCGCCCUCAUCGUCACUUGCUGCAAGCGGGACAAGAACGACAUCAACAAGAUCAUCUUCAAGAGUGGAGAUCUGCAGAUGUCUCCGUACGCGGACUUCCCCAAGACCAACCGCAUCUCCACGGAGUGGGGGCGGGAGACCAUUGAGAUGCAGGAGAACGGCAGCACCAAGAACCUUCUGCAGAUGACUGACAUUUACUAUUCUCCCGCCUUACGGAACUCUGACCUGGAGAGAAACGGCUUGUACCCGUUCACAGGUCUGCCGGGGUCUCGCCACUCCUGCAUCUACCCUGCCCAGUGGAACCCGUCUUUCACCAGCGACGACUCAAGGCGAAGAGACUACUUCUAACCCGGGAAGUAUUCUGGCACCCUCACAGUCAUUGAAUACUUGUGACUUCAGAUUACUAAAGUGCACAGUUUUGCAAGUCAAAUGUGGCCUGAGAGGGUUGCAGUGCCUUUGCAUGGCUUCAACUCAUUUCCCUCAACGGACUACUAAAUGCAAAAUAUUGGUAUGCUGAAAUAUACACUGCUCAAAAAAAUUAAAGGAACAGUUUUUUAUCAGGGUAUGGCAUGAAUUCAAUUGCACUUUUCUGAUAAGGUUUUGGUCAGGUAUGUGGCAGAGGGGGUUGUUAAUCAGUUUUGCAUUGGUGUUGAUGGAAUUAACAACAGGUGCACUAGAGGGGCAACAACGAGAUGGCCCCCAAAACAGGACUGGUUUUGCAGGUGGGGGCCAUUUCAAGUUCUUCCCUCUUGAUCUUUUUUAACUGUUUUCCCACAAGUGUUGGCUUUAGCUAGAGCAGGGGUCUGCAACUUGCGGCUCUUUGAUCACUCUGAUGCGGCUCAGCUGCAUACUUGCCGACCCUCACGAUUUUCCCGGGAGACUUUCGGAUUUCCGAGGAUGUCCCUCGGGAAGUCCUGUGGGGAGUGCUCAGAGAGUACGGGGUAUUGGACUGUCUGAUUGUGGCAGUCCGCUCCCUGUAUUAUCAGUGCCAGAGCUUGGUCCGCAUUGCCGGUAGUAAGUCGGACACGUUUCCAGUGAGGGUUGGACUCCGCCAAGGCUGCCCUU